UCUCCCUUCAAUCAGGACCGGCUCUCCUUAGGAGCUGGCCCUCAGUCCGAGCCUCUCUUUCUGGGGAAAGGAGCAAGGAAGGAAGGAAGGAAGGAAGGAGCCGGACGGAGAGAUGACGAUGAUGCUGCUGCAGCUGCGCUUGUCGGGGGCCCGGCGCCCCUUGCUGGCCCUCCGCAGGGCCUGCCGAUGCCCGGCCGCCUUCCGCAGCUCCGGCCAGACCGAGUACCAGCCCAUCCGGAAGGUCAUGGUGGCCAACAGAGGGGAGAUCGCCAUCCGCGUGUUCCGCGCCUGCACGGAGCUGGGCAUCCGGACGGUGGCCGUCUACUCGGAGCAGGACACGGGGCAGAUGCACCGGCAGAAGGCCGACGAGGCCUACCUCAUUGGGAGGGGGCUGCCCCCCGUCCAGGCCUACCUCCACAUCCCGGACAUCAUCAAGGUCGCCAAGGAGAAUGAGGUGGACGCCAUCCACCCUGGGUACGGGUUCCUCUCGGAGCGCGCGGACUUUGCCCAGGCCUGCCUGGAGGCCGGCGUGCGCUUCAUCGGCCCGAGCCCCGAGGUGGUGCGCCAGAUGGGCGACAAGGUGGAGGCGCGCGCCCUCGCCAUCGCCGCAGGUGUGCCGGUGGUGCCCGGGACGGAGGCGCCCAUCUCCUCGCUGAACGAGGCCCAGGAGUUCUCCAAGAGCUACGGCUUCCCCAUCAUCUUCAAGGCCGCCUUCGGGGGCGGAGGGCGCGGGAUGCGGGUCGUGCGCUCCUACGAGGAACUGGAGGAGAACUACACGCGUGCCUUUUCGGAGGCGCUCUCGGCCUUUGGCAACGGCGCCCUCUUCGUGGAGAAGUUUGUGGAGCGGCCCCGGCACAUCGAGGUCCAGAUCCUGGGCGACCGGUACGGGAACGUGGUGCACCUGUACGAGCGGGACUGCUCCAUCCAGCGGAGGCACCAGAAGGUGGUGGAGAUCGCCCCGGCCGCCCACCUGGACUCCCAGCUGCGCUCCCGGCUGACCAACGACGCCGUCCGGCUGGCCAAGCAGGUGGGCUACGAGAACGCGGGGACGGUGGAGUUCCUGGUGGACCGGCAGGGGAAGCACUUCUUCAUUGAGGUCAACUCCCGACUCCAGGUCGAGCACACCGUCACCGAGGAGAUCACCGAUGUGGACCUCGUCCACGCGCAGAUCCACAUCUCGGAGGGGAAGAGCCUUCCCGACCUGGGCCUCCGCCAGGACAGCCUGCGCAUCAACGGCUGCGCCAUCCAGUGCCGCGUCACCACCGAGGACCCCGCGCGCGGAUUCCAGCCCGACACCGGGCGCAUCGAGGUCUUCCGCAGCGGCGAAGGGAUGGGCAUCCGGCUGGACAGCGCCUCGGCCUUCCAAGGAGCGGUCAUCUCCCCGCAUUACGACUCCCUGCUGGUCAAGGUCAUCGCCCACGGGAAGGACCACCCCACGGCCGCCUCCAAGAUGGCCCGCGCCCUGGCCGAGUUCCGCAUCCGCGGCGUCAAGACCAACAUCCCCUUCCUGCAGAACGUGCUGGGCAACGACCAGUUCCUGCGCGGGACGGUCGACACGCAGUUCAUUGACGAGAACCAGGACCUCUUCAACCUCCGCCCGGGGCAGAACCGGGCCCAGAAGCUGCUCCACUACCUGGGCCACGUCAUGGUCAACGGCCCGCUGACCCCCAUCCCGGUCAACGUCCGGCCCUCGCCCACUGACCCCACGGUGCCCCCGGUCCCUCUGGGGCCUCCCCCGCAGGGCUUCCGGGACGUGCUCCUUCGGGAGGGCCCCUCGGGGUUUGCGCGGGCCAUCCGGCAGCACAAGGGCCUCCUGCUGAUGGACACCACCUUCCGGGACGCCCACCAGUCCCUGCUGGCCACGCGCGUGCGCACCCACGACCUCAAGCGCAUCGCCCCCUUCGUGGCCCACAACUUCAGCCGCCUCUUCAGCCUCGAGAACUGGGGCGGGGCCACCUUCGACGUGGCCAUGCGCUUCCUGUACGAGUGUCCCUGGCGACGGCUGCAGGAGCUGCGCGAGCUGAUCCCCAACGUCCCCUUCCAGAUGCUGCUGCGCGGGGCCAACGCCGUGGGGUACACCAACUACCCGGACAACUCGGUCUUCAAGUUCUGCCAGGUGGCCAAGGAGAACGGGAUGGACAUCUUCCGCGUCUUUGACUCCCUCAACUACCUGCCCAACAUGCUGCUGGGGAUGGAGGCGGCCGGCCAGGCGGGGGGCGUGGUGGAGGCGGCCAUCUCCUACACGGGAGACGUCUCCGACCCCGCCCGCAGCAGCAAGUACACGCUGGACUACUACCUGGACCUGGCCGAGGAGCUGGUCAAGGCCGGCACCCACAUCCUGGCCAUCAAGGACAUGGCGGGGGUCCUGAAGCCGCAGGCCUCCUCGCUGCUGGUGGGGGCCCUGCGGGAGCGCUUCCCCAACGUGCCGCUCCACAUCCACACUCACGACACCUCCGGGGCCGGAGUGGCCUCCAUGCUGGCCUGUGCCGCCGCCGGGGCUGACAUCGUGGACGUCGCUGUGGACGCCAUGUCGGGAAUGACCUCCCAGCCCAGCAUGGGCGCCAUGGUGGCCUGCACCCGCGGGACGGAGCACGACACAGGCAUCCAGAUGGAGCGGGUCUUUGACUACAGCGACUACUGGGAGAUGGCCCGGGGCCUGUACGCCGCCUUCGACUGCACGGCCACCAUGAAGUCCGGCAACGCCGACGUCUACGAGAACGAGAUCCCCGGCGGGCAGUACACCAACCUGCACUUCCAGGCCCACAGCAUGGGGCUGGGCAGCAAGUUCAAGCAGGUCAAGAAGGCCUAUGUGGAGGCCAACAAGCUCCUGGGGGACCUCAUCAAGGUGACCCCUUCCUCGAAGAUCGUGGGCGACUUGGCCCAGUUCAUGGUCCAGAACAACUUGAGCCGGCAGGAAGUGGAGGCCCAGGCGGACGAGCUCUCCUUCCCGGUCUCCGUGGUGGAGUUCCUGCAGGGAUACAUCGGCAUCCCUCAUGGAGGGUUCCCGGAGCCCUUCCGUUCCAAGGUGCUGAAGGGCCUCCCGCGCGUGGAGGGCCGGCCGGGGGCCUCGCUGCCGCCGCUGGACUUUGCUGCGCUGGAGCGAGAGCUGUGCGAGCGGCACAAGGAGGAGGAGAUCACCCCCGAGGACGUGGUUUCGGCCGCCAUGUACCCCAAGGUCUUCCACGAGUUCAAGGACUUCACCGCCUCCUUCGGCCCCGUCGAGUGCCUCAACACCCGCCUCUUCCUGGAAGGGCCCAACAUCGCAGAGGAGUUCGAGGUGGAGCUGGAGCGCGGGAAGACCCUGCACAUCAAGGCGCUGGCGCUGGGCGACCUGAACCGGGCGGGGCAGCGCGAGGUCUUCUUUGAGCUGAACGGGCAGCUGCGCUCCAUCCUGGUCAAGGACACCAAGGCCAUGAAGGAGAUGCACUUCCACCCGAAGGCGCUGAAGGACGUGAAGGGGCAGGUGGGGGCGCCGAUGCCGGGGAAGGUGGUGGACGUGCGCGUGGCGGAGGGGGCGGCGGUGGAGAAGGGGCAGCCGCUCUGCGUCCUGAGCGCCAUGAAGAUGGAGACCGUGGUCAACUCCCCCCUCAGCGGGACCGUCAAGAAGAUCCACGUCAAGGUCGACGCCAGCCUGGAGGGGGACGACCUGCUCAUGGAGAUCGAGUAGCCCGGCGGAGGGGGGCCACUCCACCCCCACCCUCCUCCCUCACGGAGCGGAAAGGGGGCGGCCAGGGUGGGGCCACUUCAUCCCCUCCUCAUGCCCCAUGGGCCGGAAGGCCAUCUAAUCCCCAUGGGGUGGGAAGCGAGUAGCCGAAGGGCCACUUCACCCCCUCAUUUCUCAUGGGCCGGAGGGCCACUUCACCCCCUACUCCCCCAUGGGGCAGAAAGGGAGCAGCUGAAGGGCCACUUGGCCCCAUCCUUCUCCAUGGUGCAAAAUCCUUCUCCUCGUGGGGUGAAGGGCUACUUCGCCCACCCAUCCCACGGGGUGAAAGGGAGAAGCCGGAGGCCCAGCCCACAGGCCAAAGGGUCACUUCACCCACCCUCCCCCAAGGGCCACUCCACCCCAUGGGGUAGAAUGGGAGUAGCUGAAGGGCCACUUGGCCCCAUCCUUCUCCAUGGUGCAAAAUCCUUCUCCUCGUGGGGUGAAGGGCUACUUCGCCCACCCAUCCCACGGGGUGAAAGGGAGAAGCCGGAGGCCCAGCCCACAGGCCAAAGGGUCACUCCACCCACCCUUCCCCAAGGGCCACUCCACCCCAUGGGGUAGAAUGGGAGUAGCUGAGGGACCACUCCCCCCCCCCCCCGUGGGGCGAAAGGGCCACUUCACCCUUGGGAUAGGUGGGAGGGGGUGGCCAACUUCCUGGGACCAAUGUUGCCAGUGCUUCCUUCCUCUCCCUCCCCUUCCCAUGCUUUGCGCAGCCUUAUUACGGAGGAGGACGUAUGCCUUUCCCGCUUCCCCAAUUCACCCCAUUCUCUCUCCUCCCAGUUCAAGCUGCCAAAUGCCGCUCGCUGAAGGCGGGAAGGAGGCUGUUCGUGGGGAGGAACGCACAUGCGCGCACAGGCCUCUUCCUCGGGCAAUCUUCCAAGUGCCGUUUACAGGUUCUUCGCCGACUUCUCGGUGAGGAGGGAGCAAAGCGGACACCCGCCCCUUUCCCUGCUGCAAAAUGAGCCGGAAGGAGGGAAGGAAGGAAAUAAGGAAUGGCGGGACUCACCGCGGAGACUUUUUCGGAGAGUCACAAAGGACAGCGUGCCGGGCCUCCCUCCCUCCGUUCACGCUGAAUGUACAGGCGGGGUCCUUCCCAUAAAGACAUCCCAGGCAAACGUU